UCUAAACUAACCGGAAAUUUACAUCUGCCAUCUCGCGGCACUGAACGCCAACACUGAUUCCGUUAUUUUCUAAAACUUUCUUCGUUGUUCAUGGCCUCUGAUGGACGCUUAUUCCGCGUGACACUUGACGUUAUGGGAAACAAAACAAAAAAAUAUGUCUGUUUUGUAUGCAAUAUUUAAAAAUCUCACCACGUUAAGUCGAUAGUUUUCUGCUAUAUCGACUGAAAGAUCUGGCUUUUAGUUUCUGUGGUCUUUUUAGUCCCAUUGCUUCCAGCAAAGGUAUUUAUUUAGAUUUCAAAGAUGCAGUUCACCUAGCAGUAUGUAAACAGUUUACAGGAAGUAUAUUUUACAGUUCCAAGUUGUAGACACACUUUAUAAUCUAGGAAUGCCACCAGAUAUAUACCUUCCUGAGUGACCGAAAAAUGAGGCACAAAAAUAAGAAAACACACCGGUAUAUCUUUUUUGAAAACAACGUCUUCAGUGGUGUUUUCUGUAAAUAUUGCAGUUCCCAGUAUGUCUAUGUAUAUGUGAAUCAAUGCAUGUUUAUAAACUUUUAAUUUAUUCCGUCACCGAAUAAUAAGGACAUUUAGUUGCUAAAAAAUUUACGUCUUGGAGUAUAAGUUCGUACUCUGUCAUAAGUGUUACCUCGUUUCUGUAACCACAACUUUUAACAUUAUUUAUCUCGUUCUGAAGUGAAGGCUAAUACGAUCUAGAAGUAAGAUUUAUAAUGUGCCCUGGUAAAUUAACUGUUGAGCGACACUAAAUUGUGAUACCCGAUUGUUGAUGAUGGAACAUUUCUGGCAUAAUUCCAUGUAACAUUUUUUCAGAACGAAACGGAAUCCUUAGAUAUCUAAUUAUAACGCUUUAAAAUUAACAAACAAAAUAAACUAAAAUAAAAGCAAAAAAAAAAAAAACCCAAAAAACGAAAACAAAACACUCAAGCAGCAAUCUAUAUAGUAUUACAGUUGAUAAUAUGACCUGGAAAAUGACUUUUAAGCCAACAAAGCCACGUGGUCCCAUAGCAGCAAUGUACAGCAGUCCUGGGCCCUGCUACCAGCUACCUAACUUGAUCGGUCAUGAAGGACACGACAGUCGGAGUACGCACCAAAAGGCACCUAGCUACGUAUUUGGCCUGAAGCACGAAUCCCGGAAGAGCGGUUGUAGUCCAGGACCUAAGUACAAUUUCUCUCACUUACAAGUUUUUCGGGACGGCAAAGAUGGCACACCUCAGUACUCUCUCUAUGGUCGGCCUAAACAGCGUCCUACGACUCUUACACCGGGCCCCGGUUCCUACUCUAUUACUCCAUCUGCGAAAUCAGUAUUUGAAUCAGCUCCCACUUAUAGUUUUGGACAGCGCCACCAAAAUCGUCGUACAGACACUACUCCAGCCCCUAACAGUUAUUCUCUACCAGCAUUACUCGGGAAGACCAUUCAAGGUGGAAAGUUACAGGCACCAGCUUAUACGUUACUGGGACGAAAGUCUCUUGGAAGUUUCCAUGAAGACUUAGCUAAGUCUCCUGGUCCUUGUGCGUACGAUACUUGUAAUCCUGCAACGUACACCAAAAAAUCACCAGAAUUUAGUAUGCUAUCCAAAUGUUCGCCUCCAGAGGAUUUGCACCGAGCGCCAGGCCCAGGAGCCCAUUAUCCAGAAAACUCGUGGGUUCAUAAGCAAGCUGCACCGUGCUUUAGUUUUGGCGUUCGUCACUCCCCCUACACAGUUCCCCUUGUCGUUGAAGUGUCUGAUUAAAUCGUCUUUCUGUUUUAUACUGAAAUAUAUACCGUGUUAAACGAACAGUAAACAGAACAAUACAUGUGCCUUCCUGAGUGGUCUCUGUAAAUUUGUAUCGACUGCAACACCGCUUGUCAAAUAUAAUAUAUAUAUAUAUUUA